AUGAACCAAAGAAAUAGCAGCUAUGUGGUCAAAAGGUUUCCUGGAAAGAGCAACACGGACCUCAUAUACAAGAAGAAGAAGAAGAAGAAGAAGAAGAAGAAGAAGAAGAAGAAGAAGAAGAAGAAGAAGAAGAAGAAGAAGAAGAAGAAGAAGAAGGAUAGUGUUAGCAGAUUCCUGACAGACGUCUUGGUGUUUUGGCACCGACGCUAUUCAUCAGAAUUACUUCUGGUCCAUCACAGACUUCAAGAAGAGAAGAUAUGUCAAAAUCAUAAGAGAAACACAACCCAAACCAAAACAAAUCAGCGAAACUUGACACAAUGUCGUGCGAAAUUCUUCAAGUUUAGAGAAUGGAUUGGGAAUUGUAAGACAAAGGUACCAAUAAGAAAAAGAGGAAUGGCCAUCUUAUUGCAACAGACAACUUCUCUGAAUCUGAAUUCAUUCGCCAUCAUCGAGCACUCUGCUUAUUGCUUCACACCAAGAAAUAUUUUCGUUCUACUUACGAAUUAUUUACAUCUAUAAUCAGUAUUAUAAUUUGAGUUUAAAUUGUAUUUUUAUUGCGAAUAUCUGAAACUGGAGCAUUAUAAUGUUAAAACAAAAAAAAAAAAACAAUAAAAUCACAUAGAUAAAAAUGUAUUUCUACACAUUUCACCUGUUCACCAAAUUUUGUGUUAGUCGUAUGGUAUUUGCUGUCUGACAUCAAUUCGUGUUGCUUCUUUUCUUUAAAUCUUUCUGUUAACCGCUGACAAUGGAGACGCACAAAUAUGCCUUAAUAAACACAUGAUAUAACUGCCGUACAUUAUACAGCUAAAUACAUGGGACGGGGGGAUUAAUGUAUGCGUGUGUAUGCGUGUGUGUGUGUGUGUGUGUGUGUGUGUGUGUGUGUGUGUAAGCUUGUUAUUUUCUAGUGUCAUGUCACUUAGGCCAUCCUUCUAUAUUAAGUUAUUUUAUUCUUAACCUCAAUUUAUUCAUCUUCGUACUCUGCUAAUGUUUCAUAUGAAGAAACAUUUUCCUUUACGUUUGCGAGGAAUGUAUGCACUUACACACACACACACGCAUAUAUACAUAUGUGUGUGC